AUGUCUACAACUACCGUUUUUCUCUCGGGUGCCACUGGUUAUAUCGCACAGCAUAUAAUUGUCCAGCUUCUUUCUAAGGGGUAUAAUGUGGUUGGUUCUGUCAGAUCGCAAGAGAAGGGUGAAAAGUUGAAGUCUACAUAUGGUGAACAAUUUCAGUAUGUUGUUGUACCUAGCUUAGACCAAAAGGGUGCUUUCGAUGAAGCCUUGAAGCAACAUCCUGAAGCCACCAUAUUCUUACACACUGCUUCUCCUGUAACUUUCUCUAGUGAAGACAACGAGAAAGAUAUCUUGAUUCCUGCUAUCGAAGGAACCAGAAAUGCCUUACAAGCUAUUUAUGACCAUGCUCCUCAGAUCAAGAGGGUUGUUUUGACCAGUUCUACAGUCUCGUUAGCUGACAUUGAUGAUUUCCAAAUUCCUUCGCUCAAGUUGAACGAAGAGUCGUGGGCCAGUGUUACUUAUGAAGAUGGUAAGACCAAAGAUGCCAUGACCGCCUACUGGGCUUCCAAGAAGUAUGCUGAAAAGGCAGCCUGGGCUUUUGUUGAAUCCAAUAAACCCAACUUCGCCCUCUCCGCCGUCCUUCCUUCAUAUGUGUUUGGACCUCAAGCACACGAUGCCGAAGCUAAGGGUCAAAUGAACUUGACUGCUGAAGUUUUUGCUAGUGUUUACCGUUUGUCCAAGAACGAUGAGGUUCCUGAAGUAGCUGGUCCUUUUGUUGAUGUCAGAGAUGUGGCCAAGGCUCACAUUGUUGCUUUCGAGAAGGAUGAAGCCAAGGGUCAAAGAAUCAUUACCAGCAGUGCCAGAUUCAAUGCGCAGCUGAUCUUGAACAUCAUCAGAGAUAAGUUUCCCGAUCUCAGAGAGAAAUUGCCAGUUGGAGUUCCUGCCAAUGGCGAUGUCUCUGAGUUUGUCCGCUGGGAUGACCAGAAGUCUAAGAAUUUGUUGGGUUUCGAAUUCUCUGAUCUUGAGAAGGUAGUUGUCGAUACUAUCGAGCAAGUGAUUAGAGCCAACAAAUAA